UGUUACAAUGUAACACUCAGCACUGCUGUUGCUUCUGCUGCUGGUACAAUGUAAAAGAUCCGUGAACGAGACACAGCUGAGAAAGUGUCCGAUUCCGAUGAGUCGACUUACGCAGUGGGAAAUGCGUUAUUAUUGUCCUGCGAUAUCUCUUCCGUCGCCCUAGCGGUCCAUUCACUGGAUUGUAACGCGUCGUUGGGUUUACAGAACUGAGUUUAUGUGUGGAUUAUUUGAGGCCCCGUUGAAUGCGAGUGCCGCUGGGUUGGAGUGGGUCGGUAUGAGGCUUCUGCUGGUCUGAGCGGGGGUCUCCGCUCCUCUGCCGUGGGUCUCUUACGAAAUAAUAUUUACUUAAAAAAACUGGACACCUCUGGAGCAGUUUAUGACGACUCUGGUUGGAGCGUAAUGACCGCACGCUUCCGGUUGCCCCCAGGCAGAUCCUACAAUGUCCGGGCGACGGAGCUGGCACGUGACAGGCAGCGCACCGAAGUGGUCUGCAACGUUCUUCUUUUGGACAACACUGUCCAGCCUUUUAAAGUCAAUAAGCACGAUCAAGGACAGAUCCUGCUCGACGCUGUCUUCAAGCACCUGGAACUGACCGAGAGAGAUUAUUUUGGGUUACUCCAGGCCGACGAUUCCUCUGACAGCCCGAGGUGGCUGGAUCCAAAUAAACCCAUAAGGAAGCAAUUAAAAAGGGGCUCCCCACAUCAUCUGAAAUUCCGGGUGAAAUUUUUCGUGAGUGACCCCAACAAACUUCAGGAAGAAUAUACACGGUACCAGUAUUUUCUGCAGAUUAAGCAGGACAUACUCAGUGGAAGACUGCCCUGUCCGCACAAUACUGCCGCGCUUCUGGCAUCGUACGCCGUUCAGUCUGAGCUGGGCGAUUACAAUGAAGCUGAAAAUUCGCUGGGAUACCUGUCUGAAUUCUGCUUCAUCCCCAACCAGCCCCAGGGUUUCGAAAAAGAAGUCGCCAAACAUCACCAGCAACACAGUGGUCUUACACCAGCACAGUCUGAAUUCAACUACCUGAACAGUGCACGGAUGCUGGAGCUCUAUGGGGUGGAACUGCACUAUGCAAGGGAUCAAAGCAACACAGAGAUUUUUAUCGGGGUGAACUCAGCUGGCAUAGCCAUCUUGAAGAACAGGGUACGAAUCAACAACUUUCCAUGGUUGAAGAUUGUGAAAAUAUCUUUUAAAUGCAAGCAGUUUUUCAUCCAGCUGAGAAAAGAGGGGAAUGAGGUGAGAGAUACAAUGCUAGGUUUCAACAUGGUAAACUACAGGGCCUGUAAAAACCUCUGGAAGGCCUGUGUAGAACAUCACACCUUCUUUCGGCUCGACCGUCCUGUUCCCCCGGAGAAAAACUUCUUUGUGCACUACUUCAGUUUAGGCUCAAGGUUUCGUUACUGCGGGAGGACGGAAGCACAGUCUGUUCAGUACGGGAAGGAAAAGGGAGUCAAGGACAGAGUUUUUGCAAGAUCUCCAAGCAAGCCUCUGGGCAGGAAGUUGAUGGGUGUGCCAGGUUGGGAAACAGUGAGCAGGACCUCGCUGUCUGAGGAGAGGCUGGAGACUCGCAGCCUGCCCACCCGCUCACCUCCUGGGACGCCCAACCAUAGGAACUGCUUGUAUGUGCAAGAGGGUCCCCGGUUACGGCCCUCCUCCAUGGGUCACCUGGUGGACCACAUUAUCCAUACCUCACCCAGCCUUCCUGUGUUCUCCAAUCACAAAUCAGCCUUGUCUACGCAAGCCAAUAGCAUCAGUCUGGAGUCUACGCCGUCUCCGGAAGGUGUUGAAGGUCUGCCCCCCGCCCUCCCUCCAAAACAGUCUCGGAAGAACCUGAGCCAACAUAUACUGUCCCACUCACAACAGGACUUGGAUAACCACAUCAACGAAAUGUAUGAUGUCCCCACAGCGACAGAAAAGACUACGCCCAAUGGAGUCAUUCCACAUGACAAUCUUGUCCUGAUCAAGAUGAAACCAGAUGAGAAUGGAAGAUUUGGGUUUAAUGUGAAGGGUGGCUUUGAUCAAAAGAUGCCUAUUAUUGUGUCUCGGGUAGCACCUGGAACACCGGCUGAUUUGUGUGUGCCUCGUCUCAAUGAAGGCGAUCAGGUUGUGCUCAUCAAUGGUAGAGAUAUUUCAGAGCACACGCAUGAUCAGGUUGUCAUGUUUAUCAAAGCCAGCUGUGAGAGCCAUCUAGGGGAACUUAUUCUGUUGGUGCGGCCCAAUGCUAUCUAUGAUGUCGUCGAGGAGAAAUUGGAGUCUGAGCCUGAUUUUCAGUAUAUCCCAGAGAAAUCUCCCACAAACCCAUCUCAGCUGGACCAGGAUGCUUGGAGAGACUCCAUGCUGCAGCUAAAGGAGGGUCUUCACAGUGGUACUAUAUUGGCCCAUUUUGAUCAAAUGUACCGGAAAAGGCCUGGGAUGACAAUGUCAUGUGCCAAAUUACCUCAGAAUAUUUCCAAAAACCGCUACCGAGACAUCUCACCCUAUGAUGCAACUCGAGUCAUCCUGCAAGGCACAGAUGACUAUAUCAAUGCAAAUUACAUCAAUAUGGAAAUCCCUGCCUCCAGUCUUAUAAACCGCUAUAUAGCCUGCCAGGGCCCACUGCCCAACACUUGCCCUGAUUUCUGGCAGAUGACGUGGGAGCAGGGCUCCUCUAUGGUGGUCAUGCUUACCACUCAGGUCGAGCGAGGACGUGUGAAGUGCCAUCAAUACUGGCCGAACCCCUCAGGUAGCGCUACAUAUGGAGGCUUUCAGGUUUCCUGCCAAAUGGAGGAGGGAAACUCAGCUUUCUUGGUUAGAGAUAUGAUUCUUACUCACAUAGAGAGUGGGGAGGACAGGGAGUUGACCCAGAUCCAGUACCUGGCUUGGCCUGAUCACGGUGUACCAGACGACUCAACGGAUUUCCUGGAUUUUGUGGCUCUCGUCCGAAGUAAACGAGCUGGAAAGGAUGAGCCUGUUGUGGUCCACUGCAGUGCUGGGAUAGGCCGGACAGGAGUUCUUAUCACCAUGGAGACGGCAAUGUGUCUGAUGGAGUGUGGUCAGCCUGUAUAUCCACUGGACAUCGUCAGAACCAUGAGGGAUCAAAGGGCCAUGAUGAUUCAGACACCUAGCCAGUUUAAGUUUGUCUGCGAGGCCAUCCUGAGGGUUUACGAGGAGGGCCCGGUGAGAUCGCUCAAGUCCAUGUUGUAUGAAUCAAACUGAUGUGAUGCCAGCUUUUCCCGAAAUCGAUGCUGACGUUCAGUGACUCGACCUUCUCCACGCGAUGAUAUCAUGGAUCGCUGGGGUCUUUUCUCGAGUCAGGAACACAGGACAUAAAGAAAGCACUGCUGCACUUUAGGCUGGCAAGAAAGACAAUAUGCCAAGCUUCAAUGAAAAAAACAAAACAAAAAAAAAAUCUAACAAAGGUGAAUUUGGUACUUGUUGGGACUUAAGUGUUCAGGGUUUUGCUAAAUAUAAAUAUAUGUUAAUAAUGAAUAUAGUUGAGACUUCUGGUGCCAAAUGUAAGUGUGUAAGGGCAGGCCCGUGAAUGAAUGAGUUUUUUUAUGUGGUCACCUCAAUUAUUUGGAAACAAAACGCAGAACAGAAAUGACACAAGACAAUUCACAUCCAGGCCUGUGCUGCAGAUGAUCAGUUUUACGUUUAUUAGUAUUUAUUGUUUUAAUCUUAAAUGUUGAGCUCUGCUUAUUGAACAAAACUAACUACUUACAAAUCAAGAUCUGCUUUUCCAUAAAACAAAUGAUGGUGGAUCAUUAUUAUUCUGUUUGCUUUGUUCUCUUUUUAUAGGCGAAUGAAAUUAACUUUUAUUUAUUGUGCUUUUUGUUUAUUUUAGCAAUCAUUCAGCUAAAAUAGCUGAAAGCAACACUUUGCAUUACAGUUGCUUUUCAAGUGCUCUGUGUCUGCAGUAUAUAGCAUUGAAUCAAGCCUGACACAGUCAGGAUGGACUAUAAUGCAAAAUAUUUAUCACCCGUUAUUCAUAAGUUUUGUCUGUAGUGCAGAUGUUUAAGGAAUAGUUCAUCAUUUACCCACUCUCAUGUGCUCAAAAACCUCUAUUACUCAAUGAAACACCAGUUUUAAAAAGAAUUGUAUUGUUUUAUUCCAUACAAUGUAUGCAUUUUGGACAAAAAUAACAAACACACAAAUUAUUCCUUAUGAUUCAUUGGGUAUUUUACAAUACAUUUGAGGAACAGCCUAAAAUGUAAAUGUUUAUUUGCUCACAUAGCUCUUAAAUCUCAUUUGUGCCUCUGUUUAUUCAUGCUUAUCAUCGCAGUCACUCCGUUUACAUUAGACUUCUGCAUUUGGCAUACGCUUUCAUCCAAAGUUGCUUUGCAGAGCAUUCAAGUUUAUCAGUAUCUGCAUUCCCUGGAAUCUAAACCAAUGAGCUUGCCUUUGCAUCGCUAUGUACUACUAGUUGAGCUAUAGUUAUAGGAAAGCAAUAAGCUACACGGCACUCUACAUGUUUGCAUAUUUACAUGCUCAAAUGAGAUUUGAGAGCUUAAGUAAGGAAAACUUAUUAACAAACUUUUUUUGUUUUUACACAGACCUGCUCAAGAGAGUUGGGAAUUUUCUCCCUUUUUAUGCUUACUCUCUUCCACGGGUUAAAUCUGGUGUCCUCUUGUGCAUAUGUGUAACAUCCCUUUAUCUAAGAUGCAAUUAACAAACUGCGUGCGUGUGUGUUACUGUAUGUUUCUGUCUGUAUGUGUGCAAUUGUUUGAAUGUCAGUCUAAUUCACAUUCAGGUUUGACCUAGGCCUGGCUCAAAACUUUAGAUAUAAUGUUUUCUUGUUUAUUGUGUUUAUUUAACUGAGCCCUACUUUUAUGAUAAGUAUUGUGUUUAGAAGCCGUCAGAUCCGACAUUGGCUUUGAAUCUGACAAAAUAGCAUUGGCCCCUAAGAUGCUUGCAGACAUGUAGAAUAUACAUUUUUGACAUUAUUAAAUUUGUGACCCAUUACAGAGUUUUUAACAGGAUAUGUUUAGUUGAAUGCGGAGUCAAAUUAGUCCAUGCCUAUACUCUUUGUAAGGUACUAUAUUUUUACAGGCAUUACUGUCAUUUCUUUGUAGUCAUACUUGCUGGAGAAACUAGGUUUUAGGACCAAAUUAUUCCCUCUUAUGUUUAUUACACAGCAGUAAAUUAAUAGAUUUUACUAAAAGAUAUUAUUCAAAAGCAAAACAGGAAAGCGGAGAAAUUUUGGAGAAACUAAAUGCCUCAUGCCUUGUGGGAAAGACACAGCACUUUUUCAAAAAAACAUACAAUUACAAAGUGGUGUUAACAUUUUAUUUGCUGCAAGUAACAGGAAGGUUGUUACACUUGUCAAUUUUUAUGAAAAUAUUAAAAAGUGUACAUACAAUAUAUUAAAAAGAAAAUCUUUAAAUAAAAUGUGUGCUGUUGAUUGUUAUUUUA